CCCUUGUGGUGAAUCCGGAGGCCCCAACUGCUGAGUGGACAACCAGCUCAGAUCAGGUAGAUCGUGAAUGCGUAUCCGUAGUGGCUAGGGCCUAUAUGGCAAACCCCACUAGAAAAAACCCGCAGGUGCUCGGUCCUUACUAUGUAGGUGUCAGUUAAGAACCUCUGUUGUCCCAGAUGUCUUUUGCUUCCCACCCAAGACACUUCUUUUCACCAAACACGGUGGCAGCAACUCGUCGUUGCUCCCCCGCACGUCUGCCUCCAUGGCCACCAUGUCUACCGAAGAGUUGCUCCAUCGGUAUCAAGGCCAUAUUGUGCCUCAAAGCUACAACGCUAGCUUCGUUGCUCUGAGCUACGUAGUCAGCCUCGUCGGUGCUGGUUCAACCCUCGAGCUCAUCAACCGACGAACCGGUCUUCGAGGCCUUUUCAACCAUCUGCUACUCAUGAGCUCAGCCGUCACAAUGGGUGGAGUAUCCAUCUGGUGUAUGCAUUUCAUCGGUAACAGAGCCAUCGACCUCGCCGAUGGACAGCCGGAGCUGCAAGUAGCUUAUUCCGGCGGCUUCACUGCUAUAUCAUUCUUCGUCCCAAUCCUGGUUCUUCUCGCUUCCUUCAUGGCUGUCGGUACCAACAACGCCGUCUCGUGGUGGAGACUCAUAGCCGGUGGCUUCCUCUGUGGAACUGCGGUAUGUGGGAUGCACUACCUCGGCAAUGCCUCCAUCAACAACUACACAUGUGUGUAUCAGCCAGCAUACGUUAUAGGGUCCGCCAUUAUCGCUAUAGUCGUGAGCAACGUCGCCUUGGCCAUGUUCUUCGUGUUUCGAGCUAUGUGGGUGAAUGCAUGGUGGAAGCGAGUCAUCGCGACCAUUGUACUUGCUGGAGCAGUUUCUGGAAUGCAUUGGUGUGCUUCUGUAGGAACUCGAUAUCGGCUAAAGAGGAUCAGGCCUAAUGGCAACGAGCCGUCGGGAACAGGCACAGUUGUUGUCGUCAUUUGCAUGUCGCUGGGAGCCUGCUUUAUCAUUGGCACCUCAGCGAUUCUUCACGCAAGAAACAUAAGAAGAUCCGCCCUUCGCGCCCAGCAGAUCACACUUGCAGCAGCAAUCUUUGAUAACGGAGGAAGGAUUCUCGUCGACCCUGAUGGAUGUAUCCCAAGCACUGUGGUGACCGACUCUUUUUUGGAAAAGAACUCAAAGGAAGGAUUCAACAUUGGUCACCCGCUAUUUCAUUGGAUGUACCAAGCAUCAACAAACUGGAACAUGAUCUGGAGUCUCAUGGGAGGCAUGAGACAACAUGUAUCACAGUUGCCGCACUCCCGUACUCAUAAAGAUGGACGACGAGGCAUCCAACUUGUGAGUGAACAUGGCGAGACCAUCGACAGUUACGACAUGAUCUUCAGGGAACUUUUCUGUCUUGCCGCCGCUGCCCUUGCUGGCCGACUUCGAGAAGAUUUAACAUCAAUUGGAGUUCUGUGGGAUCAGAUUCUGCCGACAGGUGCGAUUGGUAGGCGGCCUCGGACUCAACUGCGCAAACAAUCCAACGCCGGGCUAGGUUUGGAAGGUACCGGUAGCGGCGUCAAUGGGGAAAUCCACAGCAGUCUGAAUAUCACCGAAAAAAGUCAGCAUAUGCAAAAUCACGAUUACGGUCGUGGAUCACUAAUGUUUCUCGUCCGCCGCUCCGAGUCGGAUCGCGAUACUGAGCGAUUGAUAUCAACCGGCUACCGUUUUGCUGAGUUGCAUCAAGUUAGCGACCUCAUCAAAUCGAGCAUGCAGAUCCAAAGUUUCGAAUUCGACACCAAGCUGAGGGAAAUGGCGAUUUACACGAGCGAACACAACCAUAUUCACCAAGGAACCCAUCUAGGCUUCUUUGCGAUCCGAGCCCGUGUCAGUUCUAGCUUUGAAGUCCUCGUAAGAAAAGGCGCACGUCAUCUGCUUCCAACUAUGCCCUUCCCAUUCAAGAACCUUGAAGAUUGGCAUAUGCACUACCUCAGCAAAUUUGAGAACGUGCCGGUAUUCAAGAUUGUAGAGAAAUGCAAGGAGGAUUCGAAGCGCAGUGACCGAGAGGCCGAGUUCGCCGGGCAGAUCGCAGAUACCAUCAAGGCUUUGCGGGAAUGGACCCGGGAGCCCUUACUCGAGGAUGCGAUUCUUACAUCGACAACAUUCCGGAUCCCCUGCCGUGGAGAUGAAAAGCGAGCAGAAGCGACGAUGAUAGCAAUGCGGCUUGUGAUUCCCAUCCAUUCAGUAUUGUCGAGCCCCAACUGCGAGUUUGUGCCCCUGAGCUUCUUCAGAAUGCGGCAAGUGUCGACCCAGUCUUAUCAGGAGUUCACUCAAGGGGUGCACCAAGAGUUCGGGCACAUCACAAAGACAGCGGGUCGCUGUGAAGGCUCUCAAGAUGGCACAAAUCCCUCUUCGUCCAAUCGGCCAGCGAUUGGACGGUCGGAUACAUCUCGACGUAUUCGGACCGGGGGAAAGUCUAUAUCAAAUAUUGCUGGACAUCGAAUUUCGUCGAUUAGCUCGACACAAUCCAGCUCGACCAUCAAUCUUUGCUCGCCGCGGGGCGAUAACCGAACCCAAUCGAUUGAUUCAACAGAGGGGUCAGGAACAUAUUUACCUCGACAGGAACCACUCCAGACAGUGCCAUCAUACCGCAGCAUCAUGAUGUUUCAAGAGAUCAACAUGGAUGUGCAAGAAGGAAAUGAAACAGCUGGAAGGAAGCCUAGCAACGGUUCCGAAGCUGACACCAUAACAAUCGAGAAAACAAUCUCCAAGCAGUUGCCAGCAGCAGGUAUCGAGCUGCAGUCAAUGAGUCAUUUUGGAACCAAUGAUAUUGGUACGCAGCUAUCCAACGACAUUGAAGCUGGUAAAGGGGGCCACAGUUAUGUUACAUGCUUUGUCGAUGUUUUAUUUGCAAAGACGGUAGGGAGCCGUUAGGAGAUGGAUGCGAAGAUGCGAAGCCUUGUCUGUGUCGCCUUGUAAUGUAUGCAUGUGCAACUCUGUAUAUAUUUCUUGUUACUUUUGUGCCCUGAUGAAGUGCUCAUCGGGAGGCCUUGCAACAGGCUGGAUGGCUCCUUAAAUGGCGUUGGUUUUCCAAUUUGAUGGAUUGUUGGGUAUAAAACAUACUUGGUGCGUACGUGGGCUC